AUGUCACGAAGUUCAAGCACUUAUAUCGAGACACUGGAUGAUGAUGCGACCGCGUCUUCCGUCAAUGAUCUCCAAUCCCCCAUGCCUGCGCGCAAGUGUCUGAAGCGCAAACCCAGCGCUGAUUUUGAAGAGAAGGUCACCUGGACAGACGAAGAUGAACCCGAAGAAAGCGUGAAGUCAAAUCUUCAAAGGGCUAGCAAGCGACGUGCUACUGGCAAGGGCCAGGCUGCGGGGAAAAAAGGCUCCGGCCAGUGUCAGGCGGACAAGCAAAACAUCUCGGACGACGAUUGCGAUGCUUUUCUCCCCGACUACCUCCAGAAGCGCCGGCGCGAGUUUAAUCAGAAGAGGGAACUCCUACACAACGCUGCUCUCAAGCUACCUCCUGACUAUUCUGAGAUCUACUUCUCGGAUGACGAAAGGGAUGAGCCGCUCGAAGUGCGGCCCCGAUUCGACGAGACUAGCGGCAUCAAGCUUUGUCGCCCUUAUGAAGACAUCGAGCUGGAAUACUCCGGCGGUAUUAUUCCUGCCCCAAUUGCUCAGUACCUCCGUGACUACCAAAUCGCCGGCGUCAAGUUCUUGCACCAACGGUUCGUCUACCAGAAGGGUUGUAUCUUGGGCGAUGACAUGGGCCUGGGCAAGACCGUGCAGGUAGUUGCCUUUCUAGCAGCCGCCUUUGGCAAGACGGGAGACGAGCGUGACACCAAACGGAUGCGGAAAAUGCGCCGGGCAGCUGGCGAUCUCUGGUAUCCAAGGGUGUUGAUCGUUUGCCCCGGCUCGCUGAUCCGCAACUGGUACAACGAGCUGAGCCGGUGGGGAUGGUGGCAUGCUGAUAUUUAUCACGGUUCAGGCAAGGACGAUGUGCUCGCAGCGGCCAAGGCUGGCAGACUUGAAAUCAUGAUCACAACAUACACGACUUACAAGAAUAUGCAUCAGGCUGUCAACACGGUUGAAUGGGAUUGCGUUGUUGCCGAUGAGUGUCAUGUACUCAAGGACCUCAAGUCCGAAACCACACAGUCUAUGAACUGCGUGAACGCGCUCUGUCGGAUUGGGUUGACGGGCACAGCAAUCCAAAACAAAUACGAAGAACUUUGGACACUCUUGAACUGGACGAACCCUGGAAAGUUUGGUACGCGUGCUGACUGGGACCAUGCGAUUUCGAAACCGCUGAAAGUUGGGCAAUCCCAUGAUGCUACUUUGAAGGAGCUCAGCUUGGCUAGGUCGACUGCCAAAAAGCUGGUCUACAACCUGCUGCCAGACUUUUUUUUGCGGCGUAUGAAGACGCUCAUCGCUGAUCAACUCCCUAAGAAAACCGACAAGGUGGUUUUCUGUCCGCUUACAACCCUACAGAGAGAAGCCUACGAAAAUUUCUUGGACAGUGAACAGAUCGAAUACAUCAUCUCAGCAUCGGAUCCCUGCGACUGCGGUUCAGGCCGUAAGAGCGGCUGGUGUUGCCAUAAGACAUUGCCAGAUGGACGGUCGUGGAGGAGCGUGGUGUUUCCAUCAAUCGUCACGUUGCAAAAGAUUGCUAACCAUCUGACGCUCCUUGUGCCCACAACGGGAGACCCUCGGGACAAACAGGAGACGGAACUUGCCAAUUUGCGAACAUGCUUGCCGGAAGGGUGGGAGGAAAUGUACCGCAACAGGGACUCGAUGGUGAACCUGGCAAAUCCAGAGUUCUGUGGCAAGUGGAAAGUUUUGCGGAAAUUGUUGCGUUUCUGGCACGAAAACGGCGAUAAGGUGCUCGUUUUCUCUCACAGCGUUCGGUUGCUGCGCAUUCUGCAAUGUCUCUUUCAAAAUACCAGCUACAAUGUGAGCUUUCUAGACGGGUCGCUGAGUUAUGAGGAUCGCCAAAAGGCCGUUGAUGACUUCAACUCGGACCCACAGCAGUUUGUCUUUUUGAUCUCAACUAAGGCUGGUGGUAUGGGUCUCAACAUCACGUCCGCCAACAAGGUUGUAAUCUUCGACCCGCACUGGAACCCGUCUCAUGACCUGCAGGCUCAAGACCGGGCCUACCGGAUCGGACAGUCGCGGGAUGUUGACGUGUUCCGUCUCGUCUCAGCCGGCACAAUCGAAGAGAUCGUCUAUGCACGGCAAAUCUACAAACAGCAGCAAGCCAACAUUGGCUACAACGCUUCAACAGAGCGACGUUAUUUCAAGGGUGUGCAGGAGGACAAGCAUCGCCGUGGUGAAAUCUUUGGACUCCACAAUCUAUUCAGUUUCCAUGCUGAUCAGGUCGUUCUGCGUGACAUUGUCAACAAGACCAACAUCGCUGAGGCAAAAGCGGGUGUCCUCCUCAGCGAUAUCGAUGUCAAUCUUAAGGAUGAUGAUGAUGAUGAUGCGCUAAGCCUCCUCAAGCAGGAGGAUGGGGACAACAGUCGCGAUGAUGAGCACGGCGGCAUGGCGCAGCUGGCAAAGCUGCUGACCGCCGAAAAUCAAGAGGAGCUGAUCCGGGCCCGCAAGGCCUCCAAGCCCCGGACCGAUGCCAUUGCGGCGAUCCUUGCAUCGGCCGGCGUCGAGUACACGCACGAGAACUCGGAAGUAAUCGGCAGCAGCCGCGUAGAAGCACAACUGUCUCGGAAGGCCGAGCUAGUUGCGGAUGUAUUGGAGGGCGACAGCGCACUGUUCACGGCUGUCCAUCACAGUCCCGGCAUCCCUGACAGGCAUGGCGGCGGGGAUGUUAAUUAUCCCUGGAAAAUGCACUACAGGUUUAAGCCCCCAAAAGAUGUGAUGCUCCGGCAGUUCUGUAGUAUGGCCAAAGAGUUUGGGUUCGAGAGUGCCACGGAUUUUGCGCUGGUAGUAGAGAGUUGGAGUCCAGAGCAGAGACGAAAUUGCUUAGAUCUGUUUUACAAGAUCAGGGAAGUCAAGGUGCUAGAGAAAGAAGUGGCCCAGAUGAAAGCUGAAGAUGAGGCCGGUGGCGACGUAAGGGAGGUAAAAGACGGUAAGACUGAGGAUGCAAAGAAGAAGCCGGAAGAAGACUCGAAUAAGGGAUCCAAUGCGACAGUGCAAGGAAACCGAGAGAUGAGAGAGGAGGGGUCGCUUAAGCAAAAGGGCGUAAAAGCGGAGGUGCAAGAUAAGAAAGUCGCAGAUACAGAGGAGUUCAGUUCAAAGGCUCCAACCCCAGCUGUCAGGAUGGAGAAGACAGAACAGCGGCGGACGACAAUGAUCUUCCUCUCUGACGACGACGAGGACGAUGAACUCUAA